AAUAUCUGACUGACUGAAUGUGGUAGAAACAAGAAACUACAUUAGUCGUUUGGAGUUUGGACCCAUAAGAAAGAAAAAAGAAAGUGCGAGAGCGCGAUGAGUACGAGCUUGGCGUUAUCGUCGGCUGCCACCGCUGCAGUCAGUUCGGCGUUCCCCGCUACAGAUACCAACAAAUUCAAAUUCAAUUCCUUAAUUUCACCAAAUCCAAGGCUUAACUGCCGCUACUCAAUUAUUACUCCUACAGCUACUAGUAUAGCAACAAGUAGUAGUAGCAGACGAAGAAGAAAAACUGCUGUUUCGUGCUCGGUGGCUUUGGGAUCCAACAAUUCCGCAACUAUGGUGACAGAUGAUGAAGAAGAAGAAGCGAAGAAGAAGACUGGAGCAAGGGUUAGGGUGAAGGCCCCGGUGAAGGUUUACCACGUGCCUCGCGUGGCGGAGGAAGUGGAUCUGUGUGGAUUGGAAGGUGAGGUGAAGCAGUACGUGAGCCAGUGGAAGGGGAGGCGAGUUUCCGCUAAUCUUCCUUACAAGACUCAGUUUGUCCACUCAGGAGGAGUCAAAUUCUUUGCUCAUCUCAGAGAGGACGAAUUGGAAUUUAUUGAUUGAUCGACUCACUCACUUAUCCUAUCAUCAUUUCCAUGCUUGUUUGCUUCCUUUCCUAUACAUCAUCACCAUCCAAUGCCGGCAGGAAAAUACUCCCCCCCCCCCCCCCUCUCUCUCUCUGUUCUUCCUUCUAAUUUCAUAACAAUAAUAACAAUCAUAUAUGUGUGUAUGUUGUUGUUAUAACAUGUAUGAUGUGUAUAUACAAAUAUUCUUCUUCAGUCCAAUUCAAAUGCAGUUUUGCUUAUUCACUUGCUA